AUGUCCGAGUCUUCCCCGCAAACCCCAUCCGUCCAACUCCACGGACGAACAUACCACUUGCCCCAACGCCCAACAGUGGUAGUCUGCAUCGAUGGCUUCGACCCCGAAUACCUGAAAGCAGGAAUUGAAGACGGCAUCUUACCAAACCUGGCCUCAUUCCUUCAAUCCGGCUUCCACAUCACGGCAGAAUGCGCCAUGCCAUCAUUGACCAAUCCAAACAACCUCUCAAUCAUCACCGGCGCACCAACCAGCAUCCACGGCGUUUCAGGAAACUAUUACCUGGACAAAGAAACCGGGGAAGAGCACAUGGUCGUCGACGACUCAACCAUGCACGGUACCACGAUCCUAGCAAAACUCGCCGACGCAGGCGUUCGCAUUGCUGCAAUCACAGCAAAAGAUAAACUAAGAAGGAUCAUCAACCAUGGCCUCUCGCCUUCAAAAUCGUCGAUUUGUUUCUCAGCACAAUGCGCGAAUGAAAGCACCCUCUCCGAAAACGGAAUCGAAGACGUCGAACGCUGGCUCGGUCAGUCCACACCGGCGCAGUAUUCCGGUGCCUUAUCACUAUUCGUCCUCGACGCAGGCGUGAAACUUCUGUCAGAGGGGAGGGCGGAUUUCUUCUACCUCACAUUAUCGGAUUAUAUCCAGCAUAAAUACGCACCUCGGUCAGUCGAGGCCAAUCAGUUCAUGGCCGCUAUUGAUUCCCGACUCGGUGAAUUCGUCAAUCUUGGCGCCGUCGUCGCUGUAACCGGUGACCAUGGGAUGAGCGAUAAGUCGGCCGAAGAUGGAAAUCCGAAUGUCCUCUUUCUUGAAGAUUUCUUACACAAAGGGUGGCCAGAUGCCCGGGCUAGAGUUAUUUGUCCUAUUUCUGAUCCCUUUGUUAAACAUCAUGGUGCAUUGGGUGGAUUUGUUCGAGUCUAUCUCCGCGGUCUCGGGAAUACAUCAGACCAGCUCCAAAUUGAGGAAAUCGUGGCAGAAUGUCGGAAAUUGCCAGAGGUCGAGGUUGCGCUUACCGGUGAUGAUGCUGCGGCUUUGUUUGAGAUGCCCCGGGAUCGGGAGGGGGAUUUUGUUGUUGUUUCGAAGAAAGGGUUUGUUGUUGGUAGUCGGGCGGAUGAGCAUGAUCUUUCGCAGUUGGGCGGGUUGAGGCUGAGAUCGCAUGGGGGGGUUGUCGGAGCAGAGGAUUCCGUUGUUGAAAUCUACGCCUGUUUGUUUUGGGGAUGUUGA